AAAGCCCCGACCCCCAUUGAAGUAAAGACCCACUCCGUCCAUGGUUGUGAUUAUUGUUACUGGUCUGCGACAGCUGGAAAUUGUAGGCGUUCGCUUGAACGUCUUCAGUAUUUCAGCAUUAUUCGCAACACGGACAUUGAAAUGAGCGCUUCCACGGAGCAGGAAACGGCUCCCAUUGCCAAUUCGCGGAACGGACGCACGGGCAGCGUCUUCCGCAGUUUUGGCUCCCUAUUCGGCGGCAGCCAAAACAGCGGCGAUCGCCCCAAUACGCCGCAAUCGGGUGAUGGAUAUGUGGAGUUCGGUAUGCAGGAUCCAGAACGUAAUGGCCGUACCCUGGGCACCUUUGCGGGUGUCUUCAGUCCGGUGGCUCUGUCCAUGUUCAGCGCUUUAGUCUUCAUACGUGUUGGUUACAUCGUGGGCAAUGCGGGCUUGUACGUCACCCUGCUGCAGUUUCUAAUCGCCUACGGCAUCCUGCUUUUCACGGUGGCCUCCGUCUGUGCCAUUUCCACCAAUGGAGCUAUUGAAGGAGGCGGUGUCUACUUCAUGAUCAGUCGGACGCUGGGCUUGGAAUUCGGCGGAUCCAUCGGCACUCUGUUCUUCUUUGCCAAUGUCGUAGGAUCGGCUAUGGCCAUCUCUGGCUGCACCGAGGGCAUCAUGGAUAACUUUGGCCCCGGUGGCCACUUCGUAACCGGGGACUCCACAUUGCCGGACGGCAAGUGGUGGCGCUUCCUAACCAGCAGCAUGAUUAAUACCCUUCAGCUGCUGGUCUGCCUAGUGGGUGCCGCCCUGUUCGCCAAGACGUCAGUGCUUAUUUUAGGCACCGUCACCGUCUGCCUUUUCGCCACGUACAUUAGUUUCCUGGCUGUGGGCGCCACCAAUGAUACGAUUCCCGUGCCCGCAGAAAAUAACAUCUCAAAAACGGUGCACUUCCUUAACUAUACGGGCCUGAGUGCCAAUACGCUUCGGGAAAAUUUGGGCUCUCACUAUGGUUCCGACUACACGUCGAAUGGGAAAAUGGUGGACUUCUCCACCACUUUUGGUGUCCUCUUCUCGGGAGUUACAGGCAUCAUGGCGGGAGCAAAUAUGUCCGGUGAGCUAAAGAAUCCAUCGAAGAGCAUUCCCUGGGGCACACUGUCGGCCGUGGCCUUCACAUUCGUUUCGUACAUCAUCCUCUCUUUCCUGAUGAGCUGCACAACGCCGUAUUACACGAUGCAGAAUAACUACCUGUUCCUGAUGCCGGUGAAUCUGUGGCCACCGUUCACAGCCAUUGGCAUACUCACGGCCACUUUCUCCACGAGCCUGAGCAAUCUGAUUGGCUCGAGUCGCAUUUUGGAGGCUCUCUCCAAGGAUCAGGUCUUCGGAAGUCUCUUGAACUUUGUGCUGCAUGGAACGUGGAAGGGUAAUCCCAUUGCUGCUGUCGUGGUUAGCUGGUGCCUGGUGGAGUGCAUCCUGUUGAUUGGCUCCUUCAACAUCAUUGCUCAGAUCAACUCGGUCCUGUUCAUGCUCUCCUAUCUGGCCACCAAUCUGGCCUGCUUAGGCAUUGAGCUUACAGGGGCUCCGAAUUUCAGGCCGUUGUUCAAGUACUUUACGUGGCACACGUGCCUGGUGGGUUUACUGGGCACCUUGAUUAUGAUGUUCGUGAUCAACCCGAUAUACGCCUCGUCCUGCAUCAUCUUGUGCCUGAUCUUGGUGAUUGCCCUCCACCUCUUCUCGCCAGCCGCCACUCAAGCGGCGCAAUGGGGCUCGAUAUCGCAGGCCUUGAUGUUCCACCAGGUGCGAAAGUACCUCUUGAUGCUGGAUCCCCGCAAAGAUCAUGUCAAGUUCUGGCGUCCGCAAAUCUUGCUGUUGGUCUCCUCGCCCCGAUCCUGCUGUCCCUUGGUGGACUUUGUCAACGACUUGAAGAAAAGCGGCCUAUACAUCAUAGGGCAUGUUAAGUUGGGAGACUUUAAGAGCGCGGAAGAUGCUGAAGAGAACCAGCAGUGGUGGUCCUUCCUGGAUCACAUGCGAGUCAAGGCCUUUACGGAGGUGACCUUGAGUCGGAGCAUUCGCGAGGGAGUCCAGCACUUGAUUCGUUUGUCAGGAAUCGGCGCAAUGAAGCCAAACACGAUUAUUUUGGGCUUCUACGACAACGAGGCACCGAGGGACUUUUUCCAGAAUGGCUCUUCGCCGUAUAAGACCGAUGAUUUCAACACUGGCGACAUCCAGAGCUUUCCCAUUCGGCGUGACGGCGAUCCGAAGCACUUCCAAGUCCAGGAAUAUGUGCAGAUCCUUUGCGACACUCUUCGGAUGAAGAAGAAUCUGUGCCUGUGUAGGAAUUUCCAGCGACUGGAUAAGAACUUUAUUGCCAUCAGCAAGCAUGUCAAGUACAUCGAUGUGUGGCCCAUUAAUAUGUUUAACCCCACCUGUGGUGAUCCGUUCGACAUGGUUUCCCUGUUCAUGAUGCAGUUGGCGGUGAUAAUGCUGGCCAAAUGGAAGCAUUUGCGCGUUAGGAUUUUCCUCUGCGAGGCCAACGACGAUCGUACGGUGGGUACAUUCGACACCCAGGCCCCACAAAUGGAGAUCUUCUCGAAGAUGAAGCUAGAACAGUCGCUCAAAGAGCUCCGCAUUACAGCCGACAUUGUUGAAAUCCAGGAGUGGAGUCGGGACAGUGACUUUAGCCGGCAUGCCCGCACCCUUAGGCAAUUCACCGCCCAGGCGGACAAUGCCCUGCUGGAAGACGACGAUGACGAGUUGACCGAGGAGAGGCUUAAUCGCUCGCUAGUCUACAUGCAGCGAGCGAAUCAAAUCAUACGCGAACGCUCAGACCAGACGGCAUUGUCGUUCAUCUAUCUCGCGGCACCGCCAAAGCUAUCAAUGCCGGAUUUCGCACAGCGCAGCGCCAGCUACAUGGAGUUGUUGACCGAACUGACCGCCGAGCUGCCGCCCACAAUUCUGGUCCAUGGCGUCAGCACGGUAACAUCAACGACGCUCUAAGGGGUAUUAUUUCUAUGAGUGAUAAGAAAAGAUGGAAAACCAGAGUGCAGUUGGAUGGAACAGGGCCACGCACCAACUACUGUGCGUUUCUGUGAGUGCUUAAAGCUAUAAAGAAAUAAUGAUAUUUAUUAGGGUCGAGUCGCAGUGUGUCAGUACCAUUUUUGUUUUAAUUCAAAAAAAUACGGUUUUAAUUUGUUUUAAAAAAUUGUUUCUGUAACGUUUCCUAGAAUUUCUAGUGUGUUCGUUGGUAAAAUUCAUUUUUCCCUACAAAAUUUUUAUUUGGUAAUAAUAAUUCGGAUUUUUAACUAAAAGGGAAAGUAUUCAAACAAUUAGAUCAUGAAUUGCAUUUUUUUUAGCGGCUGACACUUAAAAUACAGUUGUCAUUCACUUGUCACACCGACUCGCCCUUUUUAACCACAUAUAUUUAUGUAUUCUCCAGCGUAUUCAUUUAAUAUUGUAGCUAAAUUAAUAUUUAUUCGCACAGAACAAUUAAUAUCAUUAUAACCGAAUCAAGAAAAAGCACUUCAUAUCACCGAAACUAAAAUGUAAUAACUUUAUACACUAAAACUAACCAUGACGGACCAUCUUACAAACUUAUACACAGAAAUAUCAUAUAUUAAAUCGCCCCGACCGAGAGAGCUCACACCGAUAUUAUCCCAUUUUGUGAUUGAAUACAUGAAUAUAUUAACAUACCGAAAUUUAAAAAGAGUAUUAGAUAACCGCCGUCGAUUGUGGUUGUAAAAUCAAAAUGAUUUCAAGAAGCACUUAGUUUGUAAGCUAUUCACAGUUGAUGGAUUGUUUUAGGCGAAUAUAUAUUUGUGUGCGUGAACUGUGAACAAGUUAAUAUGUAAUUUACAAUGAGCACAGCGUUAGUUGUAAUCAGUUCUUUCCAAUUAUUUUAAAUAAAGUCUUAGCAAUAUUUAUGUAUUUAUGUAAA